AGCUACUAAUUACUAGAAUUUCCCUUCCCAAAGCACAGUAAUUCACUAGUAAACAUAAGCCGCUUUGCCCAUUUUGCCCUCGCGCCUUACCCAACAGAAAAAAAAACAGAGCAAGCAAAGCAAAAGGAAUCUCUCUCCGCUUUCCCCUGCUUCCCUCUCUCUCUCCCUCUUCUCCUACUUCUUCUUCCUUCCAAGACCUCAACUUUUGCAUUUCCUCAUCAGAUCCCAAAAAACCCUCCUCCAUUUCAACAAUGGCAGUCGCUCUCUGAACCCCAUUUCUUCCCACGGCAUCUGCACUCUGUUUUUCUUAUUGCGGCUCCUCUGUUCCACUUAGCUCCACAAAAUUCCUCCCACCUCCGCCGCCGCGGCCAUGCCGGGCCUCGUCUCAGUCAAAACCCCACCCGACACUCCUCAACUAACCGUCUCCGUCCCCAAUUCCCAACCCGGAGCUUCAUCUCUGACCCGACCCGACUCCUCCCCUGCCCCGCGAACGCCCAGCAAGAAACACCCUUCCCCUUCUCCUUCUCGAUCCAAACUCUCCCCGGCCCGCUCCGCCAAAAAACCCGCCCCGUCCGACUCCCCCAACCCGCCCGAUGCCUCCCUCGACAACCGGGAUCUCGGCCCUUUCCUCCUGAAGCUCGCCAGGGACACGAUUGCUUCAGGGGAAGGUCCCUCCAAGGCCCUGGAGUACGCACUUCGAGCUUCCAAGUCGUUCGAGAGAUGCGCCGCCGUCGAAGGCGAGCCGAGCUUGGACUUGGUCAUGAGCUUGCACGUUCUGGGCGCGAUUUAUUGCAGCUUGGGGAAGUUCGAGGAGGCGGUGCCGCUGCUGGAGAGAGCCAUCACUGUGCCGGAACUGAGCAGAGGGACGGAUCACGCUCUGGCGGCUUUCUCUGGGUAUAUGCAGCUGGGGGAUACUUAUUCCAUGAUUGGGCAGGUGGAUAAGUCGAUCCAUUGCUACGAGGAAGGGUUGAAGAUCCAGAUCGAGUCGUUGGGGGAUACUGAUCCCCGAGUUGGCGAGACUUGCAGGUACUUAUCUGAAGCGCAUGUUCAGGCCAUGAACUUUGAGAAAGCAGAGGAGCUGAGCAAGAAAACCCUGGAAAUCCACCGCGCACACAGCGAGCCAGCUUCGAUCGAGGAAGCAGCCGAUCGAAGACUGAUGGCACUCAUCCAUGAGGCCAAGGGAGACUACGAGGUGGCACUCGAACACCUGGUCCUUGCCAGCAUGGCAAUGAUUGCAAAUGGACAAGAUAACGAGGUUGCCGCCAUCGACAUCAGCAUCGGCAACGUCUACAUGUCCCUGUGUCGAUAUGACGAGGCAGUGUUCUCGUACCAAAAGGCUCUCACAGUAUUCAAGUCGUCGAAAGGUGACAACCACCCGUCGGUAGCCUCGGUGUUUGUGCGCCUUGCUGACUUGUACCACAGGACAGGAAAACUCCGAGAGUCCAAAUCUUACUGCGAGAAUGCUCUCAGGAUAUAUGCAAAACCUGCUCCUGGGACCACCGGGGAAGAGAUUGCCUCUGGUUUGACCGAGAUCUCGGCUAUUUAUGAGUCUGUGGAUGAACCGGAGGAGGCACUGAAGCUUCUGCUGAAGGCGAUGAAGUUGCUGGAGGAUAAACCUGGGCAGCAGAAUACUAUUGCGGGCAUUGAAGCACGAAUGGGGGUGAUGUUUUACAUGCUUGGUAGGUAUGAAGAUGCAAGGGGAUCUUUUGAGGGGGCGGUGAGUAAGCUUAGGGCAAGCGGAGAGAGGAAGUCCGCAUUCUUUGGAGCUGUGCUGAACCAGAUGGGAUUGGCAUCUGUUCAGCUGUUCAAGAUCGAUGAAGCUGUUGAGCUGUUCGAGGAAGCUAGGGCGGUAUUGGAGCAGGAGUGCGGUCCAUGCCAUCAGGACACUCUUGGCGUGUAUAGUAAUCUUGCUGCAACUUACGAUGCUAUGGGAAGAGUGGAAGAUGCCAUUGAGAUAUUGGAAUACGUUCUUAAACUGAGAGAAGAAAAGCUUGGUAUUGCUAACCCUGAUUUUGAAGACGAGAAGAAUAGGCUAGCGGAGCUUCUGAAAGAAGCAGGCAGGGGUAGGAACAAGAAGGCCAAGUCGCUGGAAAACUUGAUAGAUCCCAGCUCGAAGAGGACUACUGCGAAGAAAGAAUCAUCGACGAAGAAAUGGGGAUUCAGGAUUUGAGAGGCAUGUCUCUCUGUAUGUAGAUCUUUCACUCCUCCCUCCCACCAUUAAAUGCUCUCUUAUUUAUCUACUAAAUCUUCUUACAUUGUGCAGGUGCAUUGCUGUAACUUAGGGGGGAAAAAUCAUUUGUAUAGUUAGUAAUCUGGGUGAGCCUUUCCCCCCCCCCCCCCCCCCCCUCUUCUUCACUCCCCCACUGAAAUCUGCUUGUUCUGCUGUUUGGUACUUCAGUUGCUUGUUUUUCUCUUUUAGUUUGGUUACUUUUCGGUGGUUUGUGCCUGGCAGUGGUGGGAUUUUCACUUGUGUGCCCACUGCCCGAGUAAAAAAAGGGAAUGUCAUUGUAUCAAUUAGUCGAAGGGUUGAUAUGUCUGGUUUGACAAAACGGAUCAUGCAAAUUCAUCGUUAAACCGCAGUAACUUCGGCAAUAUACAUGUUCUGGAAUAGAGAAAAAGAG